GAGACGCGCUACCCAGUUUCGUCCUCUCCGGCUCAAGAUGGUGUCCUCCCGAGCAAUUGGCAGCCUCUGACGCUUCACUGCCUUCAGGACCCUCCGCUCCCGAGGUUAUACCUGCCGCAACUUUUCAGGCUCUUCUCCUUUACUAACCAGAACCCAUAUCAGCUAUGGAGUCAAAAGGGAUGUGGCAUCUCGAAUUAAUUCACCCAAUUCAAAGGUAAAUAUACUAAAUAAAGAGCUACAUUCAGAGUUCACAGAAGAAAUGAAUGAAAUCUGGGCCAACGAUCAAGUCAGAAGUGCCGUCCUGAUCUCCUCUAAGACAGGCUGCUUUAUUGCCGGUGCUGAUAUCAACAUGUUAGCCUCUUGCAAGACCUCUCAAGAAGUAAUGCAGUUAUCACAGGAAGGAAAGAGAAUGUUUGAGAAACUCGAGAAGUCCUCAAAGCCUAUUGUGGCCACCAUCAGUGGAUCCUGCCUGGGAGGAGGACUUGAGCUUGCUAUUGCAUGCCAAUACAGAAUAGCAACAAAAGACAGAAAAACAGUAUUAGGUACCCCUGAAGUCUUGCUGGGCAUCCUACCAGGAUCAGGAGGCACACAGAGGUUGCCUAAAAUGGUGGGCGUGCCUGCUGCUUUUGACAUGAUGCUGACUGGUAGGAACAUCCGUGCAGACAGAGCAAAGAAGAUGGGUCUGGUUGACCAGCUGGUGGAACCCCUAGGACCAGGAAUAAAACCUCCAGAGGAACGGACGAUUGAAUACCUAGAAGAAGUUGCAGUUACUUUUGCUAAAGGACUAGCCGGAAGAAGAUCUCUUCCUAAGAGAGAAAAAGGAUUGGUGGAAAAAUUGACAUCAUACGCCAUGACCAUUCCAUUUGUCAGGCAACAAGUUUAUAAGAAGGUGGAAGAAAAAGUGCGAAAGCAGACUAAAGGCCUUUAUCCUGAACCUCUGAAAAUAAUUGACAUGGUCAAGACUGGACUCGAGCAAGGGAAUGCUGCUGGUUAUCUCUCUGAGUCUCAGACAUUUGGAGAGCUUGCAAUGACCAAAGAAUCAAAGGCCUUGAUGGGACUUUACCAUGGCCAGGUCCUGUGCAAGAAGAAUAAAUUUGGAGCUCCACAGAGGGAUGUGAAGCAUCUAGCUAUUCUGGGUGCAGGACUGAUGGGAGCCGGCAUCACUCAGGUCUCCGUGGAUAAGGGGCUGAAGACCAUACUGAAAGAUGUCACACUAUCCAGGCUGGGCUGAGGACAGCAGCAGGUGUUCAAAGGAUUGAAUGAUAAAGUGAAGAAGAAAGCCCUAACAUCAUUUGAAAGAGAUUCCAUCUUCAGCAACUUGACUGGGCAGCUCUAUUACCAGGGUUUUGAGAAGGCCGACAUGGUGAUCGAGGCUGUGUUUGAGGACCUCAGUCUCAAGCACAAAGUGCUGAAGGAAGUAGAAGCCGUGAUUCCAGAUCACUGUAUCUUUGCCAGUAACACAUCUGCCCUCCCAAUCAGUGAAAUUGCUGCCGUCAGCAAAAGACCUAAAAAGGUGAUCGGCAUGCACUACUUCUCCCCCGUGGACAAGAUGCAGCUGCUGGAGAUCAUCACGACUGAGAAGACCUCCAAGGACACGACCGCGUCACCUGUGGCCGUCGGUCUCAAGCAGGGGAAGGUCAUCAUUGUGGUUAAGGACGGGCCUGGCUUCUACACCACCAGGUGUCUUGCCACACUGGUGGAUGAAGUCUCUGCUUCCCUUCCUUUUCAGGAAGGCGUUGACCCUAAGAAGCUGGAUUCCCUGACCACAAGCUUUGGCUUUCCUGUGGGUGCUGCCACACUGGUGGAUGAAGUUGGCGUGGAUGUUGCAAAACAUGUGGCAGAAGAUCUAGGCAAAGCCUUCGGGGAGCGGUUUGGGGGUGGAAACAUAGACCUGCUGAAGCAGAUGGUGUCCAAGGGCUUCCUGGGUCACAAGUCUGGGAAGGGCUUUUACAUCUACCAGGAGGGUGUGAAGAAUAAGAGUGUGAAUUCCGACAUGGACAGUGUUUUGGCAAGUGUGAAGGUGCCGCCUAAGUCUGAAGUCUCCUCUGACGAAGACAUCCAGUACCGCCUGGGGACAAGGUUUGUGAAUGAGGCAGUCUUGUGCCUACAGGAAGGGAUCUUGGCCACGCCUGCAGAGGGAGACAUCGGAGCCGUCUUUAGCCUCGGCUUUCCCCCUUGUCUCGGAGGGCCCUUCCGCUUCGUGGAUCUGUACGGUGCUCAGAAGAUCGUGGACCGGCUCCAGAAGUACGAGGCUGCCUAUGGAAAGCAGUUCACCCCGUGCCAGCUGUUCCUGGACCAUGCCAGCAGCCCUAGCAAGAAGUUCUACCAGUGAGCAGGCCACGGGCCCU